GAGGAGGAGGAGGAGGAGGAGGAGGAGGAGACCAAACCCCUCCUCUCCUCCUCAUCAGCAUCCUCCUGCUCCUCCUCGGGAUGUAUCGGUGUGCUGCUGCACCUGUCUCCUCCGCUGUCUGGUCGUUAGUCGCUGAGAUGCUGUGAUUUUUAUCCGCCGUCAUCAUCAGCCACGCGGGGAAGGUAGAGCCGACCUGUGCGGAGGAUCCAGUGUGGAGGUCUGUAGCCGGAGGAUGUGGUGAUUCCUUCUGUUGCAUCAGUGAGACAGCAUCUUUACACGGGUGACACAUCAUUAUCAGCCCGAGUGGACCAGCCCCCCAGGACACCAUGUCGGACAAAAGUGACCUAAAAGCCGAGCUCGAGCGCAAGAAGCAGCGCCUCGCCCAAAUCAGGGAGGAAAAAAAGAGAAAGGAGGAGGAGAGGAAGAAGAAAGAGGUAAGGAAGAAAGCUGAGAGCCAGCAGAAGGCAGAGGUGACCCCAGAGGAUUCAGACUUGGAUCGUAAGCGCAGGGAGACUGAGGCCCUCCUACAGAGCAUCGGUAUAUCGCCAGAGCCUCCACUAGUCCAUUCUUUGCAGCCUUUAAUGUUAGACUCAUGUUGCUUUCAUUAUUUAGUCCCGACCCCUGUGUCCCCCUCAAAAUCAUUGAGCACGCCCAGCGAGACGGGGAGCCAGGACUCAGCUGAUGGAGGCGCGGCCGGCAGGUUUAGGUCAGGGUUCUCUAAAAACAAGUCCCAAGCACUGAUCGCAAGGACGCUGCAGUGGGACACAGACCCCUCUGUGCUGCAGCUGCAGGCGGAUUCUGAGCUCGGACGGAGGAUGCAGAAGCUGGGGGCCUCCAAGAUCACACAGGUAGACUUCCUUCCCAAAGAGAUGGUCUCUUACAGCAAAGAGACGCAGACGCCGCUCGCCGCCCACCUGUCUGAAGUAGAGGAGGAGGAGGAAGAUGAGGAGAUGAUGGAGGCAAAGCCAGGCCCCGAGUCAGAGCAGCAGGAUGAAGACGACAACAGAGAAAACAAAGAAGGCACAUUUUCGGUGCUGAGGGAGCUGACAGAGGAAGAGCGGCAGCAGAUCCUUCACUCCUCUGAGUUUCAGAGUUUCUUUGACUGCAGCAUCCGAGUGAUGGAGAGAGCUCUGGCCGAAGACAGCGACAUCUUCUUUGACUACAGCGGCCGAGACCCGGAGGACAAAGAGGGAGACUCUGGCAGUGGCUCCAGUCUCUCUUUCAGUCGACUCUUCUACGAUGAACACUGGUCGAAACAUCGCGUCGUCACCUGUCUCGACUGGUCCCCUCAGUAUCCAGAGUUGAUGGUUGCCUCCUACAACAAUAAUGAAGAUGCUCCUCAUGAACCAGACGGUGUUGCCCUGGUGUGGAACAUCAAAUUUAAGAAAUCCACACCUGAGUACAUCUUUCACUGUCAGUCUCCAGUGGUGUCUGUGGGCUUCGCCAGGUUUCAUCCCAACCUGGUGGUGGGGGGGACGUACUCGGGGCAGAUUGUGCUGUGGGACAACCGCAGUCACCGCCGGACGCCUGUGCAGAGGACUCCCCUGUCUGCUGCUGCACAUACACACCCGGUGUACUGCAUAAACGUGGUCGGCACCCAGAAUGCCAACAACCUGAUCACAGUGUCCACGGACGGCAGGAUGUGCUCCUGGAGUCUGGACAUGUUGUCGCAGCCACAGGAGACCAUGGAACUGGUGUACAAUAAAUCCAAACCGGUGGCGGUGACAGGCAUGGCCUUCCCCACGGGAGACGUUAACAACUAUGUGGUGGGGAGUGAGGAGGGCACAGUUUACACUGCAUCCAGACACGGCAGUAAGGCAGGUAUCUGUGAGAUGUUCGAGGGCCACCAGGGGCCCGUGACGGGCGUCAGCUGUCACAGCGCAGUGGGCACGGUUGACUUCUCCCACCUCUUCAUCACAUCGUCAUUCGACUGGACUGUCAAACUCUGGAGCACCAAGCAAAACAAGCCUCUGUACUCGUUUGAGGACAACGCAGACUACGUGUAUGAUGUCAUGUGGUCACCUGUGCACCCCGCCAUCUUCGCCGCCGUGGAUGGCAUGGGUCGCUUGGACCUGUGGAACCUCAACAAUGACACUGAGGUACCGACAGCUAGCGUGACCAUUGAAGGCGCGUCGGCCCUCAACAGGGUCCGCUGGGCCUCAGGAGGGAGGGAGGUGGCUGUGGGCGACUCAGAGGGACGAGUGUGGAUCUACGAUACUGGAGAGCUGUCCGUGGCCCACCCAGACGACUGGGGCCGCUUCGCCCGCACCCUGAUGGAGAUCCGGGCCAACCGGGCCGACGGCGAGGAGGAGGGUCCUGUGGAGCUGGCUUCAUAGGAGAGCACUCAGACCAAAGCGCAGCCAAUCAGAGACCCGGUGUGCUUCUCUUGGUGUCACUGUAGCAUGUGCUUCUCACUCCGUUUUAUCAUGUUUCUCCACCUUUGUGUUCAUGUUCCCGUCCGCUGUAUUGUUGCAUUUGCUCUCCUGUAAAUGCAAACUGUCUCUAAUGGGUAAACUGUUGAUCUCCACACUUAUUUAUUUGUUUGACCACUCAAUGUGACGUGUGGCUUGAGGCCGGUGAGCCUGCAGUAUUUACGAAGUGGCCGUCUUAUAGCCUUACGGAGAUGUGUGUACUGUAACGACGCUUUGCACUAAAAUAAAGCAGGGUCCAUAGACUAGUCAUGUAUUGUUUACAAAAUGUCACGUUCACGUCCUGUUGUUCUUCUCUCUCUCUCGCUCUCUCUCUGUAUCGAGCCUGCAUGCGACACAUUCCUGAAAUAUUCCAGAUGCGUGAGUACGGAGUUAGCCUGGAGGCGUUUUCACACGUUGUGGCUGCUUUGUGUCAGAAACGGAAUCGCGUGUGGUUCGAGCACUUUUUUCUCCUUUGUUCUGAUUAAGACGUAAAUUCUUUCAUGAACUGUGACGGUUGACAAAAGGUGCAGUGUGUUGUAACGCAGAGUGCUCGCUGUGAAUGUUCACCAUUAAAGCAAAGCUGAGGUA